AUGACGGAGAAGGACACAUCUUCCUUGGCUGUGACCAAAGCUGCCCUGUCCUCGGGCUCAGAGAAGGGAGGAGGAGGUGGAAUUGGAGAGGGACAGCCUGAUGCCAGUAGUUCCAACUCUGAUCUAUUGGCACUGGCCAACCUGUUUGAGAGUGAGGGGGGCUCCCAGUCAACUCCGGACCUGCCCCAGGACCCUGCUCAGAAUCUAGCCCGACCAGGCCAGCUGCAGCCAGGGGACGGCCGACAGAACCUCCGCAUGAAGUUCCACGGUGCCUUUAAGAAGGGCAUCUCCAACCCCAUGGACAUGCUGGAGUCUACCAUCUAUGAGUCACCAGUGGUGACCGGCCCCAAGAAAGCCCCCAUGGACUCACUCUUUGACUAUGGUACCUACAGUCACCACAACAACAAGAAGCAAGGCAGGAAGAAGCUCCUACGAGGUGAGAUUGAUAUGUCCUGUGAUGAAAGUGUGGACCCUACAGGCUCAGAUCCACCCAAGGUGAUUAAAGAGUUUAACUGCACGCUGCUCUUCGAUGGCGUGUCACAGGCCGACCCAGAGGCCCUCUCAGGCCUGCUGGAGUACCUGCAGGGUCACAACAAGAGGCUCACCGAUGAGGAGUUCAAAGAACCUUCUACAGGCAAGACGUGCCUGCCUAAAGCCCUUCUGAACCUGUACAACGGUCAGAAUGACACCAUCCCUCUGCUGAUGAAUAUCGCAGAGCAGACAGGCAACCUCCAUGAUUUCAUCAACACGCCCUUCAGAGAUGUCUACUACAGAGGCCAGACGGCGCUCCACAUCGCCAUCGAGAGGCGCUGUAAGCAGUAUGUGGAGAUGCUGGUGGAGAAAGGGGCAGACGUCCACGCCCAGGCCCGCGGACGCUUCUUCCAACCCAGGGACGAGGGAGGCUACUUCUACUUUGGCGAGCUGCCUCUGUCGCUGGCAGCGUGCACCAACCAGCCAAACAUGGUACACUACCUGACCGAGAACGCCCACAAGAAAGCCGACCUUAGACGGCAGGACUCACGCGGCAACACUGUGCUGCACGCCCUGGUGCACAUCGCCGACAACACUCGGGACAACACCCGCUUCCUCACUAAGAUGUAUGACCUGCUGCUGACCAAGUGUGCCAAGCUCUACCCAGAAGGCAGUCUUGAGGACGUGCUCAACAACGACGGCAUGUCGCCCCUCAUGAUGGCGGCCAAGCUGGGAAAAAUUGGGGUUUUCCAGCACAUAAUUCGCAGGGAGAUCAAGAACGAGGAGGCGCGUCACCUCUCGCGGAAGUUUAAGGACUGGGCGUACGGCCCCGUGUACUCCUCCCUGUACGACCUCUCCUCCCUGGACACCUGUGGAGAGGAGGUGUCCGUGCUAGAGAUCCUGGUCUACAACAGUCGCACUGAGAAUCGCCAUGAGAUGCUGGCUGUGGAGCCCAUCAACGAGCUGCUGAGAGCCAAGUGGCAGAAGUUUGCUGCCGUCACCUUCUACAUCAGUGUUGUGUCCUACCUGUUGACCAUGAUCAUCUUCACACUGGUAGCCUACUACCACCCAUCCGAGGGAACGCCUCCGUACUCCUAUACCACCAACACAGACUACCUGCGUAUGGUAGGGGAGAUUGUCACCCUGUGCUCUGGAGUCUUCUUCUUCCUCACCAAUAUUAAGGACCUCUUACUGAAGAAAUGCCCUGCGGUGAACUCCCUAUUUGUCAAUGGAUCUUUUCAACUGCUCUACUUCAUCUACUCUUUGCUGGUGAUAGUGACUGCGGCCCUCUACCUGUCGGGUAUCGAGGCCUAUGUGGCUGUGAUGGUGUUUGCGUUGGUCCUGGGCUGGAUGAACACUCUCUACUUCACCAGAGGCCUGAAGCUCACCGGCACCUACAGCAUCAUGAUACAGAAGAUUCUCUUCAAAGAUUUGUUAUGGUUUCUGCUGGUCUACCUGCUCCUCAUGAUUGGAUACUCGUCAGCUCUAGUGUCCCUCCUGACGGUGUGCCCAGGGCCGGAAGAGGUGUGUCCAGAGAAAGGUGGCUGCCCCACAUACCCCCAGUGCCGGGACACAAACACCUUCAGCAAAUUCCUGCUGGACCUGUUCAAACUGACCAUCGGGAUGGGCGAUCUGGACAUGGUCAGCAGGAGUCAGUACCCGGCUGUCUUCCUCAUCCUGCUGGUCACCUACAUCAUCCUCAGCUUUGUUCUACUGCUCAACAUGUUGAUCGCUCUGAUGGGAGAGACGGUGAGCCAGGUGUCCAAGGAGAGCAAGAAGAUCUGGAAGCUGCAGUGGGCUACGACCAUCCUGGACAUUGAGCGCUCCUUCCCUGUGUGUCUGCGGAAGUCCUUUCGGUCUGGGGAGAUGGUGACAGUGGGGAAGAACUGGGACGGCACCCCUGACUGCCGCUGGUGCUUCAGGGUGGAUGAGGUCAACUGGUGCCACUGGAAUCAGAACCUGGCCAUAAUCAACGAAGACCCGGGCAAGAACAUAACAGGGACCCUCCAAAGCUCCAGUACAGUUCAUCAAACUGUCCGUGGCCUGAGGAGAGAUCGUUGGUCCACGAUGGUGCCAUGGGUUAUGGAGCAGAAUAAAAGGCAGCAACCACAGGACCAAGUAUUGGAAAUGGAGCCACUGACCUCCUGACAUUGAACCUGUGCAGGGCCAAUGGGGGGCCCCGGGUCCUUCCUGCAGAUCGGAGGUCAUCAUACUCAAACGGACAGAAAAGUGUUGGGCCACAAAGUUUGCCACUUUGCACAAAACUCUGUUGCCAAAAAUAUGUAUUUAACUUCUUCGGGGUAGGGUGCAGCAUUUUCACUUUUGGAUAAAUAGCGUGCCCAAUUUCAAC